AUGCAAAUCGAUGAUCAUCUAUUGCUGAGCCACCUUUACAGACUGCUUGUAAUAUCCCGCCUUAAAAUGCCGGUCAGGUCGAAAUACAUAUGGUAUCAUGGGCAGUUGGUCAGUAUCACAGGUACACCUUCAUCUUCACUAUAUCCUUUUAGUAAACUUAUGAGUUAUGGUGUUGUUUUGUGA